GCCAUUGUAUAUAAACACGGGCCUUUAUAAUAGCGUUUUUGAAAUGUAUAAGCUAUCUUUGUAGUCGCGGGAAAAUAAAAUAAUUCAGCCGCGUUAAUUUGGUAAGUGGAGGCGCCUUACCAUUGCAAAUCAAAAACUAAAUGCUAUCGUAUAUGAAAAAAUAUAUUAAAAAUAACUUAAGUAUUAAUCGAAACCGAGACUUCAUUCUCUUCACUUCACUCUCUUCACAUUCCUCAAAAUCAAAACCGACUCAUCGAAGUUCUUCAGAGUUCUCUCGAGUCGAAGCUUCAAUUGGUAUGAGUUUCGAUUUGAUUCUGAGUUUAGAAUAGAGACUGGUUCUCUCGAGUCGAAUCUCUUUGAUUUUGGGUUUCUCUUUGAUUCAAAUCUCUUUUCACAUGCAUGUCCGCGUUAACACAUGAUUCGAUUUUGAUUGUGGGUUUCGAUUAGGUUUUGAAUAUGAUUGUGGGUUUCGAUUAGGUUUUGAAUAUGAUUGUGGGUUUCAGUUUGAUUUUGAAUAUGAUUGAAGGUUUCGAUUUGAUUUUGGGUUUAGAUUUUUUGAUCGAAUGGCUUGAUUUGAUUUUGGAUUUGUUUAUCAGUUUCAGAAAUGGCAAAGACAAGAGGACAAGUUGGUUCUCGUCGGAGUAGACGUAAUCAAGGCUUGGAGGUAGUAGAUCAAGAGGACAAGGCACCGCAACUAAAAGUGAAGAAAAGAACAGCAAAGAAAACGGCUUCCCCUAAAAAGAAUUUAGUUUUAACGCCAACGAGAAGAAGUAGUAGAAUCAAGAAAGUGGCUGCUGAAGAUGAUUACAUAGAAGAUGUAACACCAUCUGACGAUGAUGAGGUAGAAGAUGUUACACCUCCUAAGGAUGAUGAAGUACAAGAUGUAACACCUGCUCAGGAUGAUGAAGUAGAAGAUGUAACACCCGAAGAUAAGGAUGAUCAGGCUGAGAAGUCAAUGUCUGAAGAAGAUAAAGACGAUGAAGAGGAUGUCAAUGGGAAAGAGGAUGAAGAAGAUGGCGAUGUCAAUGGGAAAGAGAAUGAAGAAGAUGGAGAUCUCAAUGGGAAAGAGAAUGAAGAAGAACCGGCCAAUAUGGAAGAUGAUGGAGUUCUUAAUGAGAAAGGGAACGAAGAGGAAGCUUGCGAAGAAGAAGCUCGCGAUAUGGAAGAAGAUGGCACUGCGCAAGAUGAUGAGAUUCCUAGUACUGAAGGAGUUGAGCUAGCAGGGGAGGAAGUUCAAAAAAAAAAAAAAAGAGGACCUACAAAGUUGCGUAGAGUGGCUGAAAAUCCCAAUGAUAAGAUUAUGGUCACAUUCAAUGACAUUGGUGAGCAUGUUGGACCUGGUUCAGUAACACUAUCGUCGUUUCUUGGUCCUCUUGUGAGGGAACAUGUUCCGGUUACACUUGCCGAUUGGAGAAAACUUGAUGCAGCGACUAAAGCAACAAUGUGGGAAGAAAUUCAGGGGAGGUUUAACUUGCAAGAAGAGUGGCAGAAAGCUGUUAUUUUCAAGCAGCUGGGAAAUGUGUGGAGGGCUGGGAAGUCGAGGCUGGUGUCACAAGUACGUGUGGCGAAGACUGCAGCUGAGAGAAUAGCUUUAAAACCGAGCAACAUCCCAUCCCUUCAACUGUGGAACACUUGGGUUAAGAGUAAGACUACCAAAUCUUUCACAGAAACGAGUAACAAGUACAGAGCGAUGAGAAGAAAUCAGAUUCCUCACACCACCAGCCGCAAAGGAAUGCUUCGUUUAGCUGAUGAUAUGGUAAAAGAGUAG